UAGUGAAAUAUGAAAAAAAAAAAUCUUAAAAAAAAAAAAAAAAAAAAAAAUAUGAAGAAUAAAGGUUCCAAGGGAGCAGGGUUCAAUGGGUCCCAAACAGGAACAAUAAAGAAAUUUACAUCAUAUGGAAAUAUUACGCCAGAAAGGGCCCAAGUCGCAAGCGCAAAAGGGGAAAUGGACACUAGCUUAGGAAACAGUCCUAGAUUAUCAUUGGGCAUGAAUAGCAGUUGUAGCCAACAAAUAGUGGAUGGCUCGGGAAAAAAAGAAUCUGAUGGUGAACUACAAGUACCAAAUAAGAAGGAGAUGAUAGAAAUGUUUCAAAAUUUGGAAAAACCGAUAAAAUAUGAAAUGACAGCUAUCCGAAAU